UUUAAUAGGCUUUGCCUAAGGUAAUUAUUGAUUUGGAUGGUGACGGCAUCCCUAACGAACAGGAUGAAGAUAUUGAUGGUGAUACAAAACCCAAUGAACAAGACGAAGAUAUUGAUGGUGAUGGUAUUCUAAAUAUACAUGACGAUGACAUUGAUGGUGAUGUUAUACCAAACGAAAAAGAUCUUGAUAUGGAUGGUGAUGGGGUUUUAAAUAUUCAUGAUUCUGAUUUAGACGGUGAUGGUGUUGCCAAUGUGCACGAUGACGAUUUGGAUGGUGAUGGAGUUAAAAAUAUUCACGAUCCCGAUAUUGAUGGAGAUGGUGUUCACAAUAUCAAUGAUACUGAUUUAGAUGGUGAUGGUAUUCAUAAUGAUCAAGAUGCUGAUAUUGAUGGCGAUGGUAUUAUUAAUUCUAAAGAUAACGAUAUUGAUAGUGAUAAUAUUUCAAAUCAUGAAGAUGAUGAUAUCGAUGGUGAUGGUAUUCCGAAUCAUCAAGAUAAUAUUAAACAUGAAUCUGAGGUACUUUAUUCAUGA